GAGGAAGAAACACUGACAGAGUGAAAUGCGCAGGAGAGAGAAUGAGAGAUAGGAAAAGGGUGAGGUGGUGAAUGUGUAAAACCAAAUUAAGUCCUGCCAGUAUUUUGAGAUGCUCUGACAUAAAAGAUCUAGCGGUGGGGCAUUGUAGCAACCAAGGUAUGAUAGAAUUUUCUUUUACUUCUAGUGGAUAGGAAUUCGUAGAGGAAGUAGAGCUUUUACGUAGCUGUCCGAUGGCAUUGGUGUCUAACAUGUAAAUAAAUGUAUCGCUUGGCUAAUAGAGUGUAGUUAUUAUUACGAAUUCCUUUUGAAUUUUCGGUCAAUACUCCUUAUUUGUUUAGAAGUAAUUGUAGGGUUUUGUUAUUUUUUGAGACUUGAGACAGGCAUUUUAUUUGUGAGAUCUCAGGCGGCCAUUUUAUUUGUGCGACUUGAGACAGCCAUUUUAUCUGUGAGACUUGAGACAGCCAUUUUAUUUGUGAUAUUUCAGACAGCCAUUGUAUUGGUUAACUCUGGUCACGUGCGAUAUGCCACAGGAGAUAGUCAAGAGAGCGUCACUCAGUGAAAUAAUUUCGUCUCAGGUCACCCACCUUUUUUGUACCAGCGAUGACUGUUGGCUCGUCAUAAAAUGUACUACAACUGUAUUGUGUGUGUGUGGGGGUGGGGGGUGGGGUGGGGGGAGAGAGUUUACGUUCAUUAUUUAAAUUUCUUUUAAAAAACACCUAAGAAAACGAAGGACAACUCUUUAAGUCUUUAAGUCUUCUCUAGGUUAGAGCGAAUUUAAUUUCAGUAGUCCUAAACAAAUCACGCCGAAAGUCCUCUCCACGAUUAGAGGACUUAUCUUGGUUAGGAUCGAUACCGAUAUCUGGAUGUCGAUAAUUGGCAUCCAUCAAGCAAUCAAAAGUGCUGGAGUUUCAUGACCCCGGUCAAUUUCUUUACAAUCAAGAUAACGUGAUAAGUCGACAGCCAGGCGACUGCCCGCACACAAGGCAAAUAGAAAGUGCGGUAGUCCGUCAGUGCCUGAAGUGGCAUUUCAAGAAGACUGUGUUGUUUUUGCUGUUCGAUAGUGAGGCAACAGUGAGGCGGUAGUGGGGCCGUAGUGAAGCCAAAGUGAGGCUGUAGUGAGGCUGUAGUGGGGCCGUAGUGAGGUGUUCAAUAUACAUAUAUAGGACAUGAUAAAAACGUUUCCACCCUUGUAAACGAAUCUUGUAAAUUUAUUUUUUUUUUAAUGGGCUAUACAGGAAGAAUAGACAUAUAUUCUCAAACGCUAUAUUAGGUGCAAGGGGCACCCAACCCGGGUGCCAUCUUCAGAGGGUGCCAAAAUCGUCAUGUUUCAUGUAAAAUAUGUGUAUUACUAUGUACUUUUUGGGAAGAGGGCACCUAAACUCAGGCUUUGCCCCGGGUGAAGACUUUGCUCGACAGGGGCCCUGAUAAGUUGUUUCAACCCGACCCGUUCUAUUCUGGGCCACGUACGAGACGAACUUCAUGGAAACCCAACAUGGAGGACACAAAGAACUCCCACUUCCGGUCACUUGAUGAUACCCCCCCCCUAGGGUUGAUGUCAAAAGUGGGCGUCUGUUCACACCAUUUGUAUGUAUGCAGUGGCAAACGUCGUGGGGGGCGGGGGAGAGAGAGACCGAGAGUUUGGUUUCAACGAAGCUGUCAGUAAAGGUCAGGAAACCUACCGCAGGGGUUGCUUUAUAACUUUGAGACAUUUUAAAAUUCCGAAUAAUUUGGUAACUACAUUCAUAUAGAUCAAUUACGUAGCUACAUGCAUAUAGAUCAUUUGGUAACUAAAUUCACAUAGAUCAUUUGGUAAUUGCAUUCAUAUAGAUCAUUUGGUAACUACAUUCGUAUAUAUUUUGGUAACUGCAUUCACAAGGAUCAUUUGGUAACUACACGUAUAUAGAUCAUCUGGUAAAUAUAUUCUUAUAGAUCAUUAUGUAACUACAGUCAUAUAACUUUUGGUAACUACAUUCAUAAAGAUCAUUUGAUAACUACAUUCAUAUAGAUCAGGCCUGCACAACAUACGGCCCGCGGGUCGCAUGUGGCCCGCCAGCACCCACUUUGUGGCUGGCGAGGUAACGAAAAACUCUUUAUUCUUAUUAUUUUCGUAAUAGCUCGCCCCCUGACAUGUAUUCUUUUGGCCCAUGCAAGUCCUGUCCUAUUUUCUUUUGGCCCGCACAAGUUUUUCAAAAUGCAUUACGGCCCGCCUUACAUUUUGAGUUGUGCAGGCCUGAUAUAGAUCAUACUACAUUCAUAACUCAUUUGGUAACUACAUUCCUACAGAGCAUUUGGUAACUACAUUCAUUUAGAUAAUUUGGUUCCUUAAUUCUCGCAGAGCUGUAACUUUGACAAUCAAGUUUCAGCAGUUUACUAUAGCAUUAUGCUUUGUAUCAAAGGUAGCCAUGUCCUUUUGACAAGAGGAAGAGGGCCGUGCAAUGGGGAGAAAGGGAGGCGGUGGGAUAAAAGGUGCACAAAUCUUAGGCGCCAUCUUAAGAGGGGCAAACAAAUCGUCAAUUUUCAUGACAAAAAAAGUAUGCAGAAAUGUAUACAUUUUUGGGAAGAGGGUGACUCAAAUCUGGGAAGAGGGCAACUAAAUUCUGGGAAGAGUGCGACUAAAUUCUGGGAAGAGGACGACUAAAUUCUGGGAAGAGGACGACUAAAUUCUGGGAAGAGGACGACUAAAUUCUGGGAAGAGGACGACUAAAUUCUAGGAAGAGGACGACUAAAUUCUGGGAAGAUGGCGACUAAAUUUUGGGAAGAGGGCUACUAAAUUUUGGGAAGAGGACGACUAAAUUUUGGGAAGAGGGUGAGACUAAAUUCUGAGAAGAGGGCAACUAAAUUUUGGGAAGAGGGCGAUACUGAAUUCUGGGAAAAGGGCGACUAAAUUCUGGGAAGAGGGCAGCUAAAUACUGGAGUGAGGGCGACUAAAUACUGGGAAGAGGGCGACUAAAUUCUAGGAAGAUUGCAACUAAUUUUUGGGAAGAUGGCGACUAAAUUCUGGGAUGAUGGUGACUAAAUUUUGGGAAGAUGGCGAGACUAAAUUCUAAGAAGAGGGUGACUAAAUUCUGGGAAGAUGGCGACUAUUUUCUGAGGUGAGGGUGACUAAAUUCUAGGAAGAUUGCAACACAAAUUUUUGGAAGAUUGCGACUAAAUUUUGGGAAGAGGAGGACUAAAUUCUGGGAAGAUGGCGAGACUAAAUUCUGGGAAGAGGGCGACUAAAUUCUGGGGUGAGGGUGACUAAAUUCUGGGAAGAUUGCGACUGAAUUUUGGGAAGAUUGCGAAUAAAUUUUGGGAAGAGGAGGACUAAAUUCUGGGAAGAGGGCGACUAAAUUCUGGGAAGAUGGCGACUAUUUUCUGGGGUGAGGGUGACUAAAUUCUAGGAAGAUUGCGACAAAAAUUUUUGGAAGAUUGCGACUAAAUUUUGGGAAGAGGAGGACUAAAUUCUGGGAAGAUUGGCGAGACUAAAUACUGGGGUGAGGGUGACUAAAUUCUGGGGUGAGGGCGACAAAUCUCUGGGAAGAUUGCGACUGAAUUUUGGGAAGAUUGCGACUAAAUUUUGGGAAGAGGAGGACUCAAUUCUAGGAAGAGGGCGAGACUAAAUUCUAGGAAGAUAGCAAAUAAAUUCUGGUAAGAGGGUGACUAAAUUCUGGGAAGAGGGCGACUAAAUUCUGGGAAGAGGGCGACUAAAUUCUGGGAAGAUGGUGACUAAAUUCUGGGAAGAGGGCGAUUAAUUUCUGGAAAGAGGGCGACUAAAUUCUGGGAAGAGGGAGACUAAAUUUGGGCGUUGCCACGUGAGCAGACUUUCCUCGUCACGGCUCAGUUUCUGACUUUUAAGCCAGCUAUUACUGUGCCUUCUCAUCGUCCACUGAACAAUGGUGAGAAAACAGGCUGGGAGGGGCGGGAUCAACGCAUGAUUUAGCAAUGCUUUUAUUUUCUUAAAAAGAAUGAUGGAAAAACAUUUUAAGUAGCUGCUUACAACGUAGUGACGUCAUUUAAGGUAACUGCCUGCCCCACCCCACUACUCCCACCAACCGGCAACAACAAUACACCCCACCACUACCACCACCACUAAUCGAAAAGCGCCAUCCCAAUACCACCACCACCAAUAGCAACUCUCACCCCACCACUACCACUAGUUCUACCAACCACCAAACAACCCCCCCCCCACACAGAUUUAUAUAUAGAUAGAUAGAUUAGGUAGAUUAGAUAGAUUAGGUAGAUUAGAUAGAUUAGAUAGAUUGGAUGGAUGGAUGGAUGGAUGAUGGAUGGAUGAUGGAUGGAUGAUGGAUGGUUGAUGGAUGGUUGAUGGAUGGAUGAUGGGUGGAUGAUGGAUGGAUGAUGUAUGGAUGAUGGAUGGAUGAUGGAUGGAUGAUGGAUGGAUGAUGGAUGGAUGAUGGAUGGAUGAUGGAUGGAUGAUGGAUGGAUGAUGGAUGGAGGAUAGAUGGAUGAUGGAUGGAUGGAUGAUGGAUGGAUGAUGGAUGGAUGAUGGAUGGAGGGAUGAAUGGAUGGAUGGAUGGAUGGAUUGAUUGAUUGAUUACUAUUAUAUUUCUAUUUCAUCUUGUCCGAAUAUAUCUGGCUGUUUGCUGGGAUUACAAUGACCUCCCCGGGAGACAAUCCUUAUGACCGCCAUCACCACGUGACUUCCGUUAUCCCCCAGAUAAUCCACGGGCACUGGGCGGUGGGCCCCGUGCUGUUAAAUCCGCCUUAUCCCCACAUCACGUGAUGUGUGGCCCAUCUGAUAAGGGGAGUUAUGACCCAGCGAUGAUGUGGUGCCACGUGUCUUGAAUACUCCCCAUAAGCCGAUAUUAAGUAACCCGACUUGUCCAACAUUCGUGUUACAUUCUUAGCUGUUAAUGUGCCCAGCUGUUAAACAAGACUCAUUAUGUGUUCGGACCAAGAUAUUUGCCGCACCCCCCCCUCCCCCACUACUUAUAUCUGCAUGAUAAAAAAACUCUGUAGUUGUCCGAAAAUGCCCCCCCCCCCUUUUCAGUAUAUUAAAAGAAAAGUGGCACACGACGCGGAAAGCACCCUGUGCUUCGCCUGCUGAUAGAAUAGUCAACAUAGAUGUCCUCAGCUGAUAAAAUUACAAAUAUCCAACCCCAGAUGAUAAAAUGACAGAUAUACAAAGGGGCGUCAUUUCAUGGAUUUUCAGGGUGGUGGGGGGUGGGCAAAACCAAAACUUGGUAGACUUGUUAAGUUUUCUAUUUUUGGAGGUGCCACAGUAGAUAGCAAGUUAAAUAAAACCUGCGGGGGGGGGGGGGGGGGGGGGCAAAGGCCCCACCCUGCCCUACCCAAAUGACGUCUCUGUAGAUACAUGCCAAGCUCAUAAAAUGAGACAUACAUGCCUGGCUGAUAAAAUGACAUAACAUUAAAUGCCCAGCUGAUAAAUAACAUAAUGACAUGCUUGCCCAGCUUUUAAAAUGUCAUUACAUACAUGCCCAGGUGAUAAAUGACAUAAUAACAUGCUUGCCAAGCUGAUAAAAUGACAUAACGUACGUUCAGGCUGAUAACAUGACACAUAUACAAUGACAUGCCUAGAGGUUAAUGCAAAUGAAGUUCUUAUCAACAUGUUUAUAAUACGAAGCAGAUUAAAAUAAAGUCAGACAUUUGAGCAGCUUACCCUAGACAUUGGUUGUAUAACAAAAGAAAAACUGAAAGCAAUAACCACCACAUAAAUGUAUAUCUGUUCGUAUGCUGAUCUUUUCUUAUGUUGAUCUCUUCGUAUAGAGAUUGUUAUGUAGAGCUUGUUUACAACACUUUCCUCGUGCGUGCACUCUGGUUGACCCCACGUGAGACACUACGUUCAUAGAUGGGCGUGGCUUAGUCUUUUGAUCGGUCGUGUUUCUUGCCGACAGCAACUAAAAAUAAUAAAUUUGAUCUCAGUGGUGUUUUGUCGAAUGUUCGCGACAGUAAAGGCGUUUCUUGAUGCGUCGGUAGACCCACAAUAUAAAUAAAGGGUUUCGGAGAUUGAGAGAGAGAUUCAGACGGAGAUUGAGAUAGACGGAGAUAGAUAUUAUUAACUUUACGAGACAAUUGUAUUAUUCUUUGUGGGAUCAUAUGUGUUUAAUCGCAUUCAUCAUUCAUCAUUAUUAAUUGGCACAUUGUACUAACUGUGUUAACUGUGUACCUGUACAAGAUCUACCAUACUGUAAGUUGAUGAUUUGUAAUUAUAUUUCUUUUGUUUUGUAAUCGUAUUGUUACUAAAUUAAAUUUUUUUUUUAUUGUAAUUGGCAACUGUUUUGGGUGUCGUAAUUUUGUUAUUGUAUUUCUCUAUGGUAUCGUCCUUUGUUAGGCAACUGUUUCAACGAGCCAUAAAACUUAAAACAAGAGAUUAAUUUCUCACAAGGGAAGCCAGUGCUUAACAAGAUCCUUUCGUAUGAUGAUCUUCUGGUAUGAUGAUCUUUACGUCUGUUUGUGCCAUCAAUUGUUUUUCCUGCUUGUCCAGAAUCAAUUUUCCAAUUGAAAUGCAUUCUUGGUUUUGUUCCUCUUCCAAUCAGAUUAGUUCCGUUUCCUUAAGAAGAAAGCUUUAAUUAGCAAGAAGUUUUAUUUGUUUCAGUGGCUGUUUCAAUGUUUCUUUUUAAUUAUUCAAUAGUUUAUUUGUUUUUUUUCAGAGCCUAGAGUUUAUCUCAAAAUAAUUCAUGUUUGAAACAAACAUAUUUUAUUUUAUUUCGUGACUACACACUUUCAUUAAUAUUUGUGUUCAGUGGUUAAAGCUUGAUAAUAUGUUUGUGCAUUCAUUUCGUUUAGUUAUAAUUUAUUUGUUUUUAAAAAAUAUUUUUACCGCAUGGAUUUUGAUUGAUACCAAAGAGAUUUUCAAUUAGGUUUAUUUUAUGUUUAAAUAAACAACCACUGAAAACAUAUUUUAUCAUAUAAAUUCUUUAAGAAAUGUGAUCUCCAGUAGUGGGGCUGAAAAAAAUGUACUUCCCCUAAAUUUUUAGAAGAAACAAAAAAAAAAAAAAAACGCACUUGCUAUUAAAAAAAAAAUAGAAUCUCCUUUAGCGCAGUUAAAGAAAUCAGUGCCAUCCAAAUCCUUUCAUCUUCCCAUUGAAAAACAGGAUUGGGAUUGAAGCUGCAAAUUUGAAUUGGAUUGUCAUGGGCAAACAGUCGAUGUGCGAUGUUUCAGCUCGGAUUGUUGACGGGAAGUGGGUCUAUAGGUCGUCCGAAGAUUUUUGCCAGCCACCACUUACAAAAGCGAAUUUACUAAUGGAGGUUUCUAAAAAAAAAAAAAAAGUGUAACUGCAGUUUUCAGUGGAUUUCGACCAGCAAUUUGCUAUAUCCGAUAUCUUGUGGACCAUCUCAUGCUGCGGAUCAAAAGACAAACGACACGUGAAGAUGGAGGUUACGCAACAACUGAGGGAACCACGAAUGUUGUGUUGUAUCACGGCAUUACUGGUGACGCGGAAUCUAAAUCAUCGGGGUUAAGAAGAUAUUUAUUAAAGUAGGUGUGAAACUUUUCUCAGUGAUAGCACGUCUGGCAGUCCUUCAUCAGGUCUGACAAACAGAAGAUAGAGCGACUUUAAAUAACUCUCCGUUAGAUACCGUACCUUGUACUCAAGUAAGAGAGAACUUACUAAAAAAAACGCAUACCAUUUUUAAAAAAAAAUCUCAAUGUUAAGAUAUUAUUAUGUUUAGUUAACUUUCCACGAAACAGUUCUUUCCAACAUUUCUGCUUUGGUUCAAAACGUAGAGUUGCCUCUGUUAGAGGCAGCUGUAACAAUCACAUCAGGAUGAACCCUGUAAAGAAAUAGUGUAGCAGCGAGAUGAAGGAUCCAUCUGAAAAAAAGCAUUGCUUUACUCACCCGUCCCCUUAUUUCCAACAUUACUUUUGUAAGUAGCUAGCAUAAAUUUUAUUUUGGGCUUUUAUGUUAAAUUUAGCCGACCACUUGGAGACCCAUUCCCACGGUUGGUAACCAGGCCGAAGCCUUUUAUUCAUAGGGACAAAGGGGUCAUAUGGGCCUCAAAAUGACGCAGUGACCUCCAACCGUAUCGAGUGUCGUCGCUGACCAAUGACAGGCCCAAAAUCGAUGCUAUCUUAGAGUCCAAUCUCAACUUUAAACAAGGGUGAAAAGCUUUUAAGUUUAAUUGACUUACUAAUUAUUGUUUCAAACUCUAUAAACUAGAUUUACUUUAUUAUUUUACACCACGGUCUGAUCUACAGGCUGCCAGACGACCUACAGUAUGCCAGACGACAUACAGGUUGCCAGACGACAUACAGGUUGCCAGACGACCUACGGGUUGCCAGACGACCUACAGGUUGCCAGACGACCUACGGGUUGCCAGACGACCUACGGGUUGCCAGACGACCUACAGGUUGCCAGACGACCUACAGGUUGCCAGACGAUCAACGGGCUGCAAGACAACUUACAGGUUGCCAGACGACUUACAGGUUGCAAGACGACCUACAGGUUGCCAGACGACCUACAGGCUGCAAGACGACCUACUUGUUGCCAUACGACCUACGGGUUGCCAGACGUCCUACGGCUGCUUGACGACCUGCAGACGUCCUACGGGCUGCUAGACGACCUGCAGGUUGCCAGACAACAUACAGGCUGCCAAGCAACCAACAGGUUGCCAGACAACAAACAGGAUGUAAAUACGUGCAUUGCUGGUGUGACCGGACACGAAGAGUGGAGCUGUUUAAAAAAAAAAAUCAGUCAAGGGAUACAACUGCAUUUAAAAUUAUUUGAUAACAGACAUUUUGUGAUUACUCUUCUUGGAUUUUAG